ACAAUAUUCACAAUACAUAUAGUAUUUAUUUAUACCUUCAGUGGUCGUGUAAUGAUGAAAAUGUCUUCCCAGAUUGAGACAAUAGUAAAUGCAUACAAAACAUUGUCCAAAAUCCCUGCCAUUGCUGCAGGGAGAUUAAAUAAUGCCGCCAAUAAGAUUACCAGUGUGCAGUCCGUGCGGAACAUUGAUAAAGGCAAGAACAGCAAAUAUCAGUACAACUAUGUGUUGGACGAUAAUUUGAAAGUUAUUUCUAGAACUGAUUAUGGAGUGGAUAUUAGUAAUGAACUUUUAUCGGCUGUGUCACCAAAAGAGACUUUCAAAGCUGUGAUCCGAGAGGAAAAAGAUAACAAGGAUACUAAGAAACAGUACUUAGAGAUUUGGAGGCUGAACGCCGGGCUGACUAACUGUAUUGAUCUCACUGCGUUGGAUAUACAUGGAGAUGUAUAUGCUGACUCCGAAUUUGGUAGCCUGGAUUGGUCCCAAGACGAAACAGCGGUAGUUUACGUAGCUGAAAGAAAAUUGAAGAAAUCUGAGCCUUAUAUCAAGAGAAACAAAGCAGAAGAUGCGUCCAAAUCAGGUGGAGGCGACCCUGCGCCGAAAAAGGGUGAAGAGUACGUGUACAGACAAGACUGGGGCGAGCAGUUGGUCGGCAAGCACCUCUCUGUGGUCGUGGUGUGUAAGAUCGACUCUGAAGCCUUCAGCGUGCUAGAGGGGCUGCCUGAAAGCUGCUGUCCAGGCCAGGUGCGUUUCGCGCCAGAUGGCAGGAGCGUCGUGGGCGUGGCUUGGGAGACGGAGCCUCGCCGUCUCGGCCUCAUCUUCUGCACCAACCGACCCAGCUUCAUCUUCGACUUGACCUUGGACGGUCAGCUUAGUAAACUGUCAGCAGAGGAUAGGGCGGUGCGCUCCCCGCGUUUCAGGACGAACGGCGACCUGGUCUGGCUCCAACGCGCUGCUGACGGCCCGCACCACGCUUGCCACGCUUUGGUCAUCAAGAGGAAAGGCCAGACCGGAGCAUCACCAAUAAUAGACAUAGUACAAACGGAAAUAUCCACGGCCCAGAACAAGCCGUUCUACGGGCUGUACAACCAGGGCCUUCCCAAGAACUGCUUUACCAAAGAUGGCGCCAGGAUCGUGUUCAGUACGCCCAGCGUCUGUGACGUGAAAACUUAUACUGUUGAUGCUGAAAACGGCAAGGUAUCUGAGAUAUCCAGCCCCACCUCCCGCCAAGGUUCACUCUCUGUGCUGGAUGUCAAGAAUGACGUCAUCCUUGCUUCUUUCUCCGACAUGCUGACGCCGGCACAGUUAUACGUGGGUAUAUUGCCAGGCGCUGGGAAGGAAGGGGAGAUGAAAUGGAGCAUCGUGAGCGAAGCGGUGAAGGUGCCAGAAUCGCUGGCUAGCUCUACCGUACACUACCUGACCCAUAAACAUGAGAACACUGAUGAUCCCGUCAAGACGUUUACCUCGCUGUACCUCGCUCCGAAGUCAUCCGACAAACUACCGCUAAUAGUGUGGCCGCACGGCGGGCCGCACUCUGGCUUCGUUAAUGCGUACUCGUUGGAGGCGGCUUUGUUCAACAUGCUGGGUUUUGCCUCACUCCGCAUAAACUACCGAGGUUCGACCGCUCACGGAGACGCCAGCGUCCGCUGCCUACUCUCCAACACCGGUCGAAUCGACGUCGAUGACUGCUUUCUCGCUCUCUCCGACGUGCUAGAAAGGAACAUAGAUAGCGUUUCUCUUCUCGGAGGGAGCUAUGGGGGAUUCCUGGUGGCACACUUGGCUGGGCGGUGGCCGGGGAGGUUUAGGAGUGUGGUGAUGAGGAAUCCUUUGAUAGAUAUGGCCACGAAGGGGCAUUACGCUGAUAAUUCUGAUGGGUGUGCAGUAGAAGCCGGCUUCCCCUUCACGGACAAAGGGCAGCCCUCUGAAGACGAGCUGCUAACCAUGAGGCGCUGCUCGGCGCUAGUCCACGUGCACAAAGUGAAGGCCCCCACGGCCUUCAUGCUGGGGAAAGGGGACAAGAGGGUCCCGCAUUAUCAGGGGCUCGAGAUGGCUCGGAGGCUGAAGGCUAAUGGGGUUGAGACGAGAGUGUACAUGUACGACGAUAACCACUCGCUGUCGUCGCUGCCGCACGAGAUGGACCAACUCAUCAACAGCGCCAGCUGGUUACUGGAGCAUUUACCCUAGGCUGGACCUUGGAACUUAGGUCACGGAUACGCAGCUAUGCCCUAUG